UGUUUGCUAAAACUGAACUCAAAGCAACGUCGACCAUGAGACUGUCCCUGUGUGUCCUGCUGGUCACUCUGGCCCUUUGCUGCUAUGAGGCAAACGCAGAAGUCUGUCCAGCUUUUCUGUCUGAAUUUAAAGGCUUCCUUUUGGAAACUGAAAACAUGUACAACAUCCAUCUUCUGAUGUUUGCUCCACCUAGAGAAGCUGCCGAGGCUUCGCUUCAAGUGAAGCAAUGCGUAGAUCGUUUGCCUAGAGAGGGCAGACAGAAAAUAUACAAUAUUGUGAAAAAGGCGGCAUCCCAAUGUAACAGCUAG